AAAAUAAUUAAUUAACAAGUGCGAUGCGAUGCGAUGCGAUGCGAUCAGUGCAACGAUCGAUAAUGCUCUGACGUUAAGUGCAAGACGAUCCGCGCCUCGACAGCGAUCAAGGGUGUGUUUUGGCUGUGUUUUUCACGCGACAGUUGGGAACAACAAAAAUAUUUUUGUUGCAAAAAUGUACCCUCCCAUACGUCGGGGCGGUUCAAUGGGUUCAAAUAGCAUUGGAAAAGUUCUGCCGAUAAGGCUCUGAUUGACAGAUCGAUGGGGAUGCGCCCAUGGCAACGACAUUUCCCCUUCGAUUAGAUUAUUUUGGAGAUGCACCCAGGGCAACGACAUUUCCCCUUCGAUUAGAUUAUUUUUUGGAUAUAAUCGUAGCAAUAUUUGAUUUCAUUCUAUAUGUAUCUGUACACGCCCCUUAGGGUCUUGUGUGUCUUCUAUUUUUAGUUAGCGGCGACCCCCCAUGGCUGGGAUUAGCCUUGAUCUUAUCGCUGUUUCUCUCCCUGUCUUUGGUAGGGUGAAAAGUUCAGGCUACUGAUAAGGUACGGCCCCCAUAGAAGCUGACGUAAAAAUAAUUCAUUAUUACAGUUAGAAAACUCUAGAAACCUGGAAACUGAAAAAUCCUAGUAGGCAACAGGAUGUUUUUCAAAGUUUUUCGAAGUCAGUCUCAACAUUUCUCUAAACGUAGUCGACAUCUAAUCCUCUCCAGUGUAGUGAAAAAAUAAUUUCAGUUAAAACUAAAACAAAAUGAUAAAUAGCGAUAUUAUUGACGCCAUCAGCGUGAAUCCGGUGGGCCGGGCCAUUCUCUAUACGGGUGCCACAAUUCUGCGUGGUCUUGGGCUACGCCCAAAGAUCAUAGUGCCCCAGGAGAUGAUGGUGCUGCCAGUGGUGGUCCAUGAUGUGGUGCCGGCCAGCGUCGUGGUUGACUGCAUCGACCUGAUGGUCGCCCACAAAUACAAAUUUGAGAUCCUGGCUGGUAUAUCCGCCGCCGUGGCCCUACUCAUGGCCGCCGUCUGCAAGUAUAUGGUGCGGGAUAUGAGUCCGAAAGACCAGCUGCAGGCCCAGGAAUAUGCUGAUUGCACUAGCCACCUACAUUUCAUUAGCUCCUUCGCCAUGAUGAUCAUUCCGUUUGCCCAUUACCCAGUAAUGACCGGCACACUGAUCAUCAGCGGAACGGCUGUAUUCAGCGGUUCGAUGUACUAUUGCGCCUUCACAGGAGAGCGGCGCAUCAGGUCGAUUGUCAUCGCUGGUGUCAUCCUAAUGGUUGCCGGCUGGAUCUCGCUGGUAGCUUAGGAUCAACACAACAAAAAUCUUUGUUUUGUUCUUAGUAUGUAUCUUUUCAAUAUUCAGUUAGAAAAAAUCAACGAAAACCCAUUCACUGCUAGUAUCAUAUCUUCCAUUAAUCUACCGAAAAUGGAAAUAAGAAUGUCAAAAAAAUCCCUGCUAUCUUAUCUUCUAGUAAUCCACUAACGAAAAACGAAAUUAAAAUGUACAAAAAAAGGAUCCUUUGGCAGAUAUAAGAAGAUACUCUUUGCUCCACAACAAAAAAAAAAAACAACUUGCCAAAACAGAAAUAUACAUCGCUGGGGUUUAAAGGAGCUACAUCCCAGCAGCUAAUGGAAGAUACAAUGUGUGGUUCUUGCAGUUCCCAAACACUUCAUUGCGGCCUAAUAAAAUUCAUACAACAAAUUUAUAAUGUUACAAGGCAAAAUAGUAAAAAAAGUAUAAAGAAUCAAUUCAAGAAAUGAUUCAACUAAUAAAAAAUUAAAAAAGGACCACAAGUUUAGCCAUGUUUGAGUGCAAUAUUUCACACUACGUAUUGAAUCAUUAAUUUGUAUAUCUUUUGGGGUGGAGAACUCUCAAGUUUUAGCCAUUAAUAUCCAAAGUUCGACAUCACACCAUCACAGUUCUAUUUUCCACUUGUUAUUCACACAUGCAUUCCAAAUUUUACUUUGUUCUAGAGAAUCGGUGAGAAAAUCGGUGCUUCCCCCAAAAGGGGGGCCUUAAAAUUGGGUACACAAAUGCCUGUGUCUAGAUGAAAUUCAAUUUAAUGGCCAUUGCCAGAUGUGGGUCUGUCGAGAUGCAAUUGAAUGCAAAUGGAAAUACAUUUGGUAUUGAAAAUCGGUGCUUCCCCCAAAAGUGGGGGCCUUAAAAUUGGGUGCACAGGCAUUUUCUAGAUGAAAUUCAAUUUAAUGGCCAUUGCCAGAUGUGGGUCUGACGAAAGAAACUGCUGAAACCAAAGAAAUUUGAGUAGGCCGAAACAAGUUUAAGGCUGAGCAGCAAAAAAAAAAAAACUAACAACAACUAAAUAAGAGUAUUUCGACUAAACAACACCCCUCCCCAGACAAAAUUCUGGUGAAAAGACUCUAUUUUAAUUUGUUAAAAGUUAACCAUUCCAGAAACAACAAAAUUUUUCAGGAAAACCUUAGCGCCGAAUACGCUAGCCUUUCUCUCUAGAAAUUACUGGGUAUCGCAACUAAUUAGAAUGGAAAAGCAUGGCGACACAGGCGUCGGCACAUGUACAUUAAAGCUUCCAAAACAAAGAAACACACGCACGCACACAAAACUAUGUGAAACACACGAUUGCAAUCACACGCAAAAUAAAAAAACAACACUCGAAUGAUUAUUAUAUUAGUGGUGUGCUGGUCUUAAUCAAAAUGAUUUUGUUUAAUUUUAGUUUGGGUUUUUUG